ACCAACACAGACCGGCGCUAGGACCCAGUGGAGUCUGAAGCGCACAUGGCAAAGUGUUGCUGCUCCGGUACGAGAGGGGAUGGCAACUACGCUCCACUAUACUCUCCAGCGUCCUCUCUCAUUUUGUCUGUACUGUCGCCUCCUAACAUACCCCUCACACUAACAAAACAUAUACACCAACACAUUUGGCUAACACGCGCACGUUUUUGCCCCAGAGCGUCGCCCGCCAUACGUUCGGCGUUGCAAGGAAAAGUUUUUGACAGCUCGGUCUCUCGGAGUGACAGCCUGCCGCAUCUCGUUGGAUCUGGGUGGUGAAAGGUUUUUUUUUUCUUCUUUCUUUUUUUUUCUUCCUCCUGUGUGUGUCUUAUACCCGUUCGACACCGUGAACUGUUUUCUCCAUCCUGUCACCUGCGCGCGAGUGUGAAAUAUCCGGCGGUCUACCACGGAGGUCUGACCGGAGCCCUCACCCCUCCCCGUUUCUCCUCACCGAGCCCGGGCAUGAUGAGAACGUGGAGGCGGCGGAAGAACUUUGUCUUUGUGAUCUUCGCCCUCCGCGUCUGGUGCCUGUCCACGGCAGCUCAAAAUGCUGACAACACGGUUUCCAAAGCACACACGGGAAGUAGUCCAGACAAGGCUGAAGAGCAUGGGGAAGCAGCCAAACCACAACGCUACAGGACCACAACUCCUCUGCUGCUGCGGGGCACGGAGCGCAGACCUCUUAGCCAGCUCACGGCCGGGAGCUACCCUGCGACACUUCAGCUGCUGGUGCCCGUGGAAGGUGAACAGCUGAUCCUGUUGCUGGAGAAAAACGAGGGUCUCUUUGCGAGCCAUUACGCCGAGACACAUUACCGGGAGGAUGGAAGCGCAGUCACCGGUGCUCACAACUUCACGAAUAACUGCUACUACCACGGGGAAGUGCAGGCUCAUCCCAACUCCGAUGUUACCCUCAGUGCCUGCUCGGGCCUUCGAGGCUUCAUCGCGCUUGAGAACAAGACAUUCAUCAUCGAGCCCGUGUCGGGCCACGGCGCCGGGGCCCACUUCAUAUACCGAGUGGAGGAGCUCAGACUGACCCCAGGAGCCUGCGGCCACGGCUUCAACAUGUCCUCCGUUCCCGCCGAAAACCACAUCAAAAGCCCCUUCCAGUCCUUCCACGCGAGGCAUAAACGGCACGCUCAGAAGACGACCAAAUACGUCGAGCUGAUCAUCGUCGCAGACAACAGGGAGUUUCAGAAGCAGGGGAAGGACCUGGAGAAGGUGAAGCAGAGACUGGCGGAGAUCGCCAAUUACGUGGACAAGUUCUACAGGGCCCUGAACAUCCGUGUGGCGCUGGUGGGUCUCGAAGUGUGGAGUGACGCUGACAAAUGCCCCAUCACCCAGGAUCCUUUCACCACCCUGCACGAGUUCCUCGACUGGAGGAAAGUCAAACUGCUGCCCCAGAAGCCUCACGACAAUGCUCAGCUCAUCAGCGGGGUUUACUUCCAGGGCACCACCAUCGGCAUGGCACCCAUAAUGAGCAUGUGCACAGCGGAGCAGUCCGGGGGCAUCGUCAUGGAUCACUCUGAGAACCCGCUGGGUGCCGCCGUGACUUUAGCUCAUGAGCUGGGACACAAUUUUGGCAUGAACCACGACACCCCAGAGCGCGGCUGCGGCUGCAGGAUGACUGUUGAUCGCGGAGGCUGCAUCAUGACCCCCUCGACAGGGUAUCCGUUCCCGACGGUUUUCAGUACGUGCAGCAAGAAGGAUCUCGCUGCCAGUCUGGAGAAAGGCGUGGGCAUGUGUUUGUACAACAUGCCAGAGGUCAAGGUGCUCUACGGAGGACAGAAGUGCGGCAAUGGCUACGUGGAGGAGGGAGAAGAGUGCGACUGCGGGGAGCCAGAGGAAUGCAUGAAUCCGUGCUGCAACGCCACCACAUGCACACUCAAAGGAGACGCCGUGUGCGCCCAUGGGCAGUGUUGUGAGGACUGCAAACUCAAACCUGCUGGCACCCUUUGCAGAGAGUCCAGUAACUCAUGUGACCUGCCAGAGUUCUGCUCCGGGGCCAGCCCUCACUGCCCGGCCAACGUCUAUCUGCAUGACGGACACGCCUGCCACAGCGUCGAAGGCUACUGCUACAACGGCAUCUGCCAGACUCAUGAGCAACAGUGCAUCACGCUGUGGGGAGCAGGAGCAAAGCCUGCGCCGGGUAUCUGCUUCGAGAGAGUCAACUCGGCAGGGGAUCCUUACGGGAACUGUGGGAAGGACUCCAAAGGCUCCUUCGCCAAAUGUGAUGCAAGGGAUGCCAAGUGUGGUAAAAUUCAGUGCCAGGGUGGAGCCAACCGGCCGGUGAUUGGAACAAACGCAGUGUCGAUUGAAACCAACAUCCCUCUGCAAGAAGGAGGGCGUAUUCUUUGUCGUGGAACCCAUGUUUACCUGGGGGACGAUAUGCCCGACCCUGGACUCGUUCUGGCUGGUACGAAGUGUGGAGACAGCAUGGUGUGCCUGAAUCGUCAGUGUCAAAAUGUCAGCGUCUUCGGCGUGCAUGAGUGCUCUGGGAAGUGCAACGGACGUGGGGUAUGCAACAACAAGAAGAACUGCCACUGCGAAGCACACUGGGCCCCUCCGUUCUGUGAGAAAGCCGGCUUCGGCGGGAGCAUUGACAGCGGGCCAAUGAGACUGGCAGAUGUGCGUGUGUGUGUAUUAAUGUGCGUGUUGUCAUAUGUGGCAUCAGCUGACAGUGUGCUCAUCACUGUGGCCGUCCUGGUUACCCUGGUCAGCCUUCUGGUAGCCACAGUAGUCAUCUUCCUGAAGAGGAAGACUCUGCUGCGCCUGCUGUUCACCAACAAGAAGAGCACAUUGGAGAAACUCAGAUCUGUGGAGGCCAACCGGCCAACCAGCCCCAUCAGGACUGAGUCCAUGUACCGUCCCACGCCUCAGCGCAAGCCUCCACCCAAACCCUCCACAGCCAACAUUUAUAAGUCGUCGCUACUGAGCGCGGAGCCUCUCCUGCCUCCGCACAACUUCCACUCUCACAGCCUGCGCAGACUGCCCCUCUACCAGCCCCUGCACAUCAGCCAGCCCAUGCCGGUGUCUCUGAGCGUGGGCCAGCCCGCCCUGCCCCCCCUGCCCGCUCACCACAGGGUCCUGGCGGCCCACGCGUCCCUCUCGCCGCCCCGGGUGCCGCCUUUCCUCAGUCUGCCGCGCCAUCAGCCGUCGUACCCGGCAGCAGACCAGGACUUUGAAAAGCCCAGUCCACCCCAGAAACCUCUACCUGCAGACCCUCUAGGGAGGAGCUCUCGGCUGGGUCAUGGUGCCGCGGCGGCGGCGGCGGCGGCCGGGUUCCACGGGACCGGACCUCGGCCGAUACCUAUCCCCACUGUGCCCAGGCCCCCACCCAACAUCCCUUUACCCAGCAGACCCGCGCCAGCGUUGCCCUACAGACCACCAAAGACUCCCCACGACUGCUGAGCUCUCCACGUCACAGACGAGCGGAUCUCCCGCCGAGAGACAGACACUUUCUCGAUUUGCACUAACUGCUGAGACUCUGUAAAACCUUUCGGACGUCUGGAAGUGUCUCAGAGUCUUUCCGGUGAACGGGGGCUCGGCGGUACGCCUCUAAAAAGGUGCUUUGUUGUCCUCACUCAGGUACCAAUGAACUAUUUAUCUAUUUAACUAUUUAACUUCGGUAUUAGCGGUUCAUGCACAGACUGAGCUUUUCUCCCUCCCCCCAAUGAAAAUUUUAGACUAGAAGGAAGCCCGGUGUCAUUUCUUUUGCAUUUUUAUACUUUUUUCUCAAAUGAAAUGCUGAACUUUAUGAUCUUUUUUAUAAUCAGUGGAGUUGCUUGAAUUGUAAAAGCGUAAGAAGACACUUUGUUUUUGGACUUGGAUAAAGGGAUACAGAGCACGAGUGUUCACAGUAGGUUGUGGUGCGUGUAUUCACUUAGUUUUAUGAUGUAUUCAAUAGCAAAUACAUCCUCUAUAUCCUUGCUAUCGCAAUGCUACAGAAUAUCUAUAUUAAUCGAAUGAUUUCUUUCCAAAACCAGUUUGCUGAAUGACUCUUUUAUAAGCUGGAUGGAAACACUUUGAUUCCUAUCAAAGCCUCAGACCGCGUUUUUGUUGUGAGACGAAUCAGAUCAUUUCACAGUCCGAUCGUCAGGCUCCCUUAUUCCUUAUAAGUUCACUUUUACAGAACAAACAGGCAAAGUACUUUUCACACUUUUCGGACCACCUCUGACAUACUGCUCUGGGUAUGUGCUGGACGUGUUCUGCUGAUGCUGGCGGGUUCUGCGGAGCGUCAACAGAUGUGACAGCCCGAUUGUGUUCCAGAGAAUUACACCAACACCAAAUAAUCCUGCAUUAAUGCCGGUGUUUGUAUGUUUAACAUUUAUGCUCGCUUUGUCCUCGAGUGCGCGAGCCAGGCUGGAUGACUUCAGAGCUGAGGGCCUUCCAAGAACCUCCUCGACCGUGUCUGACGAGACGCUUUGCCCCGACCGUCCUGUCUCCUGUUUUAUUUCUUUUCGUCACGACAUUCCUUUUGGAUUUUGUACGGCUUCGCUGUCCUUCAGAUUAUUCAUGCAUUCACUGCAUUAGAUACAGAUCCUGGCGUUGCACUUGAAGUUUUCUUGAUGUUAUAUGUUGACUUGUUGUUACAAAAGCGGAGGGGCUGUCGACUUCGCCGCAGUCCCUUCUCCUGUGUCAGUGCUCACUUUGGAUAGUGCAUUUUGUAUUUGCAGUGUAUCCAAACGCAGUUUUCGUCUUUUCACGGUUGAAGUCAGAAACACCCUGCAAACCUGAGUUCUGUUUGUGUACAUACAUGUGCAUACAAGUAAUGCUUUUUUUUCUUGUUCUGGAAGAGGUGUUCAACAGUCAGAGUACCUGCUCCCUGCUGGAAAAUACUUGUUAUCGCUGUGUUGAUUAGCUGUUAAAUGUUAAUUCCAUUUGUAAAUGUACUGUGUUUAUUAUAUUGUUUGAAAGCCACUGUAAAAUGUAAAUAUUGUAUGCCAGUUAACAUGUUAUUUUCCUCUUUAGUUCUUUUUUUUAAAGCACAGUAAUGUAAGAACUGCUUUGAGGACGUGCCCCAUUUACAGCGGGCGGCGAAAAACGGGAUUUUUGACGACCUUGUAAGCCAAACUGGAGGUUUCAGGAUACACAAUUCAGACAAAGAGAUGAAAUCGGAGCCAAAUAAAAGUUCCUGUAUGACUGUUUA